UUCUCAUGUUUUUGUUGAACAAUGGCGAUAGUUUGAUUGGAUCGAACUUCAAGUUGAAUGUGUUGCAAAUCUCAUUACGCGCUGCAAGUGCACUUAUUUUGAAAAAAUUUAGGGUGUAUCAGAUAUGAAAAUAUAAGAGUUGGCACGGUUGAGUGAGUAAAAUAAAGUGAGUGUCGCAUGUCGUUAAUGGUUCGGUGAAUAUGAGGCGUCGGUAUUUAUGACGGUAUAGACUUAAAACACUAGAUAAAAUUUCUAAAAGUAAAAUUUUGUACCGGCGGUUUUGUUUCAUAGAGCUUCGCGCCCGCGAAAACAGAAAAAAAAACGAACUUUAAAAAAAGUAGGUUAGCUCUUGCGCGUGUAAUAAUUAGUAGCAAGAAGUUGAAUAAGGAGGGUGGAGGGAGAAUGGGCGAAAAGAUGUAGAUAAAUAAUAUUGCCCUAUCGCCAUUUCUCUGAAUAUCCUCUCCUUACAGCAGCUUAGGAAUAUUUUGUGAAGUUUUGUAAUAUUGUGCUAUUAAGGUGUGAAUUGUUAAUAGAAAACUAUAUGUGGACGCCCAACACUAUCUUCGCAUCGGUGAGUACUGCGUAUCUCGGCGAAGAUGCUCGCGUUUGCAUUCAAAUAAAGAGAAAGUAUGCGUUUCUGGAAAGUCCGAUAUCACAAAGAAAGUCGUGCGCCGCGCGGGCGUGGCUUUUUUUAUUUCGGACUUAUUCUUUCUCUGCAUAUUUUAAAAGAUCAAUGAAAUAAUGACGCGCAUAAAAAUGAAAUUGCGGGGCAUGGAAUGGCGGGGGCAAUGGCAAUGUCGAUGUUGUAUUCGUUCGUGGUGGGUGCGUCACGGUGUCGCGAAGAUGCACCUCGUGUCGAGAUCGAUGAAUUUUGGACAUCGGAGCCAAGGUCGGUCAGUGGGAGAAACCUGGCUAAUCUAUACAGGGAGCCCGCGAUUUCGCGAUCUCAUAUUUUUUUACCCUGCAGCCGACUCACUAGGAUCGGCGGUGCUACUGCAUCCUCUUGCCGAUCUAUGAAAAUAAAACCGACAAAUUAAUGUUUUGGGUUUUACGUCAUAUUAUGACAACUAACACACCUGUUCACUGGUCCCGCAGGAGUACGGCUUACAUCAUCUGUCAUUUGGCGAACUUCAUAGUGCAAUUCCUUAUACACCAGGAUGUCUCGAGAUUAUGAUAGAAGAAGAGGAGGGAGUACCAGUAGUUCUACCAAGUUGCGGAUGGACUCAAAUACAUCACAGUCAAGAUCACAUGGAGAAAAUUCAGGAAAACGUAAGGAGUUGGAUAAUGUUAUGCGUAAGGCUCGAGAAUUUCAAUCAAAUUAUUGGAAUAAAAAACUGCUAGAAGUAGAAGAGAGGGACCCCAAUAGAUGGCGACAUAGUGGCUACAAAGAAAUGUACAUAGGUAGUGUAUCAAGUGGAGAUUCUAGAAAUCAUCCACGUAGUCCAAGACAUCGUAGUCCACGACUACGUAGUCCCAGACCACGUAGUCCUCGAAGUCCUAGGAGUCCUUGUACACGCAGCCCACAUACACCAAGAGCUCGAACUCCUAGAAAUAAGAAUUCACGAAGUCCACGGCGUAGAAGUCCUAGAAUUAGAAAUUCAUACACUCCUCGACCUAAAAGCCCAAUAGUCAGAUCACAUUCACCUAGGCUUCGAAGUCCUAGAGUAAAAAAAUCACAUAGUCCUAGACCUCGUAGUCCCAGAACCCCACGAGAAAAGUGUCACAAUACUCAACUAAGAGUAUUGAAAAGUCCAAGCUCUGGCAGUACGUGUUCAGAUAGAUCUUGUUCUGUAUGCUCCCUAAAAAAUCAUAGACGAAUAGUCAAUACAUCUCGUUCUCAAUCUAGAUCAAUUACACCAAUACAAUCACGUAUGAUUGCAAAAGAAAUUGCUUCUUCAAGCUCAAGAAUUAUUCCACUUAGAUCAGGUAAACCACAUUCUCCACCAAUGGCUCAGCCACGAACUCCUCCUCCAAUGCCACAGCCACCAUCACGACAUCCAAAGGAUUAUAACAAAUUAACAAAAGAUUUAAAAUCGAGAAAAAAAGAAAGACAUCGAACCAAAUUACCUGAAGAUCCACGUAUUCCAGAAUCUGUUCAUAUGAUGCACAAGCAUGUAAAAGUGGAGAAGACACACACAGGUCAUCCAGAUGUAUCAAUGAUUCAUCCAUCUGCAGAAUCUUCACAAAGUGAUGAUAGUGACAGUUCUUCUACAACUUCACACGUGCCUCCUCCAAAAAUGACAUUGUCUGAAAGAUUUGGCAAAAUGGCUCAGUGGAGUGUUGAUCGAAGAGAUAUGGAAAAUAUGCGUAUUACAAAAGUUGGAAAUAAUACAAUGAAAGUAGUAAUUGAAGGAGAAGAAAGAAUUACUCGUUUAGGUUAUGAUUCACCUCCUCCAGGUCAUUAUCCAGAAUCUCUAUUGACUCAAGGUCCAAGAGGAUUAGAAUGUUGGGAUGAUGUUCGUGUUAGAUAUGAUUAUUAUAAAUCUAGGGGUUAUCUUCGAGAUCUUUCUCUUGAUGAUUAUGUUAAAUGGGAAGAGUGGUGGUAUAAAUAUCAAGAAUGGCUAGAAGCAGAACGUUAUUACGAACAAUGGGCUGCACAAGCAUCAAAUCGUCCAUCAGGUGGAGGUCGCAAGAGACGUCGACGAAAUAAUACUACACAUUAAGUCUGUACAGCGUUAUUACUAGGUUUUACAAAUAUUUUCAUUGUUAUAUAAACGCUUUCAUUCUAAAAUAUUUUCUCAU